UAUGUUUCCAAUUCCAAAUAUUAUAAUUUCACACAAAACGAAUAAACCGAUUUAAGAAGUUGGUAAUAGAAGGAGGAGAAGCAUUAUAUUGACCAUUUGGUCGGUGCUUUUCCUCCAAGAAACUUCUCCGAUUACAAUAUUCUUUGUAGACUCUCCAUUUUCCAAUUUGUUUUGCAAAAUUUGCUGCCAAAAAAAAUAACGACUUGCUUUCUUUCAUAUUAGCCGAGCUAGGGUUUUGAACAGUUGUAUUUUUAAUGGAGGUUGCUGGAUCUACAAGGAAGCCAUUUCAACAAACCGAGAUUAACUGGGACAAGCUUGAUAAGACUAGGUUCUAUGUCGUAGGAGCUGGGAUAUUUACAGGGCUUACUGUUGCACUAUACCCCAUUUCUGUCAUCAAGACUAGAAUGCAGGUGGCAACCAAUAAUGCUGCAAACGAGAGUGCAUUUUCUGUUGUCAGGGGCCUAGUGCGAAAUGAUGGCAUUCCCGGUUUAUAUAGAGGUUUUGGAACUGUCAUUACAGGGGCGGUUCCUGCCAGAAUUAUAUUUCUCACAGCACUAGAGACCACUAAGGUGACUGCAUUUAAGAUGGUUGAACCGUUCAAACUAUCAGAACCUGUACAGGCAGCUAUAGCAAAUGGUGUUGCUGGCAUGCUGGCGUCUCUUUGUUCACAAUCUGUCUUUGUUCCAAUUGACAUAGUUAGUCAAAGGUUAAUGGUGCAAGGAUACUCAGGACAUGCAAGCUACAAUGGAGGCUUGGAUGUUGCUCGCAAAGUUCUGAAGUCAGAAGGUAUUCGUGGACUAUAUAGAGGAUUCAGUCUAUCUGUUCUAACAUACUCCCCAUCCAGUGCUGUAUGGUGGGCAAGUUAUGGUUCGAGCCAGCGCUUCAUAUGGAGCAAGCUCUUGGAUAAUGGAACUGAGCAUGGUGGGCCUGCUCCCAGCCAGGGGAAAAUAGUCUCAGUUCAAGCUGCUGGUGGGAUCAUUGCCGGUGCUACUGCAUCUUGCAUAACAACUCCGUUGGACACCAUUAAAACUCGGUUGCAGGUGAUGGGACACGACAAGAGACCUACUGCAAGGCAAGUAGUUAAGCAGCUAAUUGCCGAGGAUGGUUGGACAGGAUUUUACAGGGGAUUAGGUCCAAGAUUUGUCAGCAUGUCAGCGUGGGGAACCUCCAUGAUACUUGCCUAUGAAUAUCUCAAGCGCUUGUGUGCAGUAAACGAAUAGAUUGAUGAAAGCUAGCUGCCAGACGACUCUUGCGGUAGGGUUUUUAUACUACUGACACAGUAUUGAGAGCUGGAGAUAACAAGACCGCGGCUGAUUAGCUGUCUGUAUACAAAUGACACUAUGACGGUGUUAUAUGUUGACUUGGAAUCCAAGUACCUGGCCAAAAUACAAUUAAUUUUCUUAGGGAUUUCUCACAAUAUUCUUAAAUGAUUUUUGCCAGAUAAAUGCUACAUUCAUUGGUUGUAGUGAGUCGCUACAAGGAGGACGAAGGACGUAUCCUUGAAUAAUUUUUGCCAGAGAAUAAAUGUAAAAUGUAAUAUUCAUUCAUACAAGAAUAGAUAAAUGCUUGAUCAACUUCAUUUUUCAAGGCUUUAUAUUUGUUGAUUUGA